GAUAAUGCUUGCAUCAAGAUCAGAACAAACCCAAUUAUAAUUAUAUAUCUCAUCAUCAAAAACUUUAAAAACCAAGUUAUAUAUCUUGAGAAUAAAAUCGAAAACAUCACAUUAAGAUGACUGGAUCAGGCUCUCCUUGUGGUGCUUGCAAGUUCUUAAGAAGGAAAUGUGUAAGGGGUUGUGUUUUUGCCCCUUAUUUUUGCCAUGAACAAGGUGCUGCCCAUUUUUCAGCCAUUCACAGGGUAUUUGGUGCCAGCAAUGUCUCUAAACUCCUUGCUCACCUUCCUGUCAGUGGUCGGUGUGAAGCCGCCAUUACCAUCGCCUAUGAAGCUCAAGCUAGGGUUCAAGAUCCCAUUUAUGGCUGCGUUUCACAUAUCUUCGCGCUACAACAACAGGUGGUUAGUUUACAAUCCCAACUAGCUUUUUUAAAAGAGCAGGCAGCUCAAAGCUUAGUCAAUGGCUCCAGUUGUUCGAACUAUCCUACCAACUACAGUCGACCUAACGGAGGACAUCCUUCUUACACAACUCCACAAGACAUCCAGACUAAUUGGAUGCAGCAAUCAGAACAAUCAUCGUGCAUAAAUACACCCCAAAUUGAUAAAAAUUCAAGCACCAACAAUAUGAAUGAGACCAUCAAUUUCAACUUCAUGGGAAAUCAACACUACCAGAAUUCGCUUCUUAAGGAAGAAGAUGGGUCAUUUUCCAGCUUCCACGAAGGUUUAUGGUCAAGACUACCUGAUAUAGUUGCUAGCUCUACAAAAAACUAGUUUCACUUCCUAAUUAAUAACUUCCUCUUAAAAGCUGAACUUGGCUCUAGCAAUAUAUAGGGCUGCAGUAGGGAUCCAGAAACCUGUAUAUACAAGGCCUCUACUUUUAUUUCAACACGGAAAAGUUUUAACGAGUGCAACUUCACCUAGCUAAACAAACCCUUAGUUUAAUACUUAUGUUCAAGAGGUAGUUUUUUCUACGAAUCUAUGGGAAAUAUUUCGUACUAUACGUUUAGUGUUUCAGAUCCUUAAAGAAACCAUCUUUGAUCAAUCAUGGUUAUGCUGCUUAUUAUGUGGGUGUUGAUUC